GCGAUGCUGCCUCCACAUGGGGGCGCCUCCCCUCAGAGGCUCGGCCCCUUUUCUGGGCCGGCCUGGGCAGCUCCGUUCCCCCGCUUCCGAGCUUCUGGGCCAGCAGCCGGCAGCGCCAGAGCCAUUUUGCCCUCCCGCUCGGCGACAUGGACUACCGGGAGGCCGCCAGCUGGGCUGCGGAGCGCAUGCAGAGCUAUCGCAAGGACUGCAGCGGAUGGCGCAGCUGCAAGCGCACGGUGAGGCCCGCGCGGCGCGCUUGGAGUGGUUGCCCACCCUUCUCACCGCUGCAGCCUGGCUGAGAGGGGGUAAAAUCCUGGUGACUCUCACUUUGAAGCAGAGGUUGGAUGGCCAUCUGUCAUGGAUGCCUUAGUUGAGAUUCCUGCAUUGCGCGGGCAGCGGAAGGGGGGUUAGACUAGAUGACUCUCGGGGUCCCUUCCACUCUACAAUUCUAGGAUUGUACCGCUUAUGGACGGGGCGAUGCGCCUAGCUUGUUCGUCCUGAGUGAGCCGCUGCCGGUCCGGGCUGGCAGGUGGAAAAAGAAGCUGGCCCGGCAUGUGGUGGGUGGCUUCCCUCGUGCGUGCAUUUAAUGCGCAGCGCAGGGACGCAAAAUGCCACCAAGCUGCUUCCUCUAAUCUAUCCCUGUUUGUCUGCUUUGGCAGCAGCAGAAGGAAUUGGUGACAAAAGGUUCUUUCCGGGGCCACGAGACGCUUUGCUGUAGCUGCUGAAUGUGUGUUGAGAAGGCAUCUGUUCUGGCUUGAGUCCCCCGGGACCUUACAGCGUGGGGUGGGCGCACGGGUUAUUGGAAAGGAGGAACAGUAGUAACUCAGUGUAUAAAACUGUAUCUGGCAUUGGAGAAAGUGGAGAGGGGAAAGUCCCCUCUCUCGUAACGCUAGAAGUACAGUGGUACCUCGGGUUAAGAACUUAAUUCGCUCCGGAGGUCCGUUCUUAACCUGAAACUGUUCUUAACCUGAAGCACCACUUUAGCUAAUGGGGCCUCCUGCUGCUGCCGCGCGAUUUCUGUUCUCAUCCUGAAGCAAAGUUCUUAACCCGAGGUACUAUUUCUGGGUUAGCGGAGUCUGUAACCUGAAGUGUCUGUAACCUAAAACAUCUGUAACCCGAGGUACCACUGUAUUGGACAUAAGACAGAGCUGAAUGCUAGAAGAUAAAGUGAGAGCAGUUCACCCAGAGCACAGUUAAAUCUGUGGAACUCGCUGCCACAAGAGGCAGCGGUGGCUUUCAAAUUGGGUUGGGCAGAUUCAUGGAUGAUCUGAAAAAGAAACCUUGGAGAGAAAAUGGGGAACAAUGCGUUAUUUGGAAGGGGCGAGAGAGGGCAUGAACCUCUUCCAAGUGCGUGAAGAGGGGCUUGUAAUCUCCCCCACACACACGCCGCGGCCCCUGCAUCUCUGAAAUGUUGGAGGAAAUUCAUUCAGUUCCCUCUCCCCUUGAAUGCUCUUUGGUGUCUGUUCCUGUCGGGAACAAGCAAGCAAUGUGACACUCAUUGUUUAGCCUGGAGGAGGAGGGGGAAGGGGGAGGCAUCAGCAGGUCUCAUUGGUGCAUCUGAGGACAUGCAACAGUGUGAUGUUGCCAGCUGGGAGGAGACAAUGUGGUUUCAAGGAAGCUGCAGCCGCCAAACUUGUUUUCAGUAGUCACUUCAGGUUACAGACACUUCAGGUUACAGACUCCGCUGACCCAGAAAUAGUACCUUGGGUUAAGAACAGAAAUCGUGCUCCGGCGGCGCGGCGGCAGCAGGAGGCCCCAUUAGCUAAAGUGGUGCUUCAGGUUAAGAACAGUUUCAGGUUACAAACAGACCUCUGGAGCGAAUUAAGUUCUUAACCCAAGGUACCACUGUACUUUGAAUUGUAAAACAGACAAUUCAAUAAAAAUUAUAUACAAACAUUCUCCAAAAUCCACAAGAGACGGUGGAAGAAGACUGGAAGAAGUUUAAGGAAUAUUUGAAAAAAUAUGUUAAUGUUUAAACUUUAGAAUAGCUUUGGAAGUGGAUAUAGGCUGUAGGGUUAGACGUAGAAGAUAGGGUAUUUUAAAAUAGUAUUAUUUGUAAGUGAUAAAAUGUGAAGUUAUUUUAAGUAUGAUAAAAAAGAUGGUUAGAAAUUAUGAUAUAUGUAUGGUAAACUGCUAAAGAUGAAGUAAAAUGAAAAUCAGAUAGGUGGGACUUGGGGAAGCCAACUUAACAAUGUUUAGAAAAAUAAGGAUAUGACAAGAAUUUGUUCGUAUUGUUUGUCUUUUCUGUCUUGGUUUUUUAUUUGUGUUAUAAAAUGAAUAACAAAAAUUUGCGGGGGAAACCAAAAUGCACAUGUAUCCUGUGUUUUGUUUUAAGAUAUCACUGUUAGUGUGUAUUUCUCAAGCCAGCUUCUCACUGAUCGGGCUCCUUAAGGUGUUCCUCAUUUGUCUCUUGUGUGAACACCUUGGCAUAGUGUAAAGGCACCCCUGUCUUGUCCCUGCCCCCUGGUGCAUACACAGGCAGAAAUGAACAGCUUCACUGCACCCAUAGAUAUUGGGAGAAGCCGGUUCUGUUCCUGAUGAUGCUCUGUAGAACAUCCACUGUAGAAAGUCCCAGGUGCCAUUUGCAGUAUUGCCAGUCAGUGUAGAUAAUAUUGAUCUAGAUGGACCCAAUGGUCUGACUUUGAAUAAGGCAGUUUCGUAUGUUUAUAGACAGGCUGGUCCUAGUCUAUGAACAUUGAUGCCACACUAAAUGUGCUAGCCUUUGAAGUGCUGCAGACCUCUUUGUUUCGAAUGGUACCCUAUUUGAAUGCUGGUCCUUGGCAUUAUUCCCCUGAAACAAACAAACAAGACUUCCAAAUAUGAAUGGUGCAUUUAUUGGUGCAUUUGUAUCCUACAUUGCCGUCAAGGAGAAGAAGGCAACUUGGAUCGUAUCCUAAUCAUUUGUCUUCUCAACAAACCUGUAAGAAGAAGAGAAGAAGCGUUUGGAUUUGAUAUCCUGCUUUAUCACUACCCGAAGGAGUCUCAAAGCAGCUAACAAUCUCCUUUCCCUUCCUCUCCCACAACAAACACUCUGUGAGGUGAGUGGGGCCGAGAGACUUCAGAGAAGUGUGACUAGCCCAAGGUCACCCAGCAGCUGCAUGUGGAAGAGCAGAGACGCGAACCUGGUUCACCAGAUUAUGAGACUACCGCUCUUAACCACUAUACCACACUGGCUUUCGAUGUAAGACAGAGAGUUGGUGAUUGUCACAAGAUAACCCAGUGAAUUUCAGGGCUGAGUAGGGAUUCAGACCUGCAUUUCCCUGAAUUUAAUCCAGCAUUUUGACUAAUUCAGCACACUGGUUUAAGCCACACACUCUGUCUAAACCAUGUUUCCCCACCUGCAAUAUUUAUAUUUAUUCUGAUUAUCUUACAUGACCGUUGUGGAAAAUAUUGAGAUAAUAGAUGUGUAGAGAGCUUGAAACACUUCUAAAGUGCAAUAUAAGUGCUGAGUUUUUUUAAAGUUUUUUUUUAAAAUAAUCUCAGUCGACACAGUUAUACUGUGGGAGUGGAUUUUGACUGAUUUAAUUUAAUUUUUCUAGAAUGAAGUUUCAAUAUCUUGGAGACCAUCAACUGAGUUUCAUGGAAACAUGUAAGUAAAGUUGUACACACACACACAUACACCCAAAAUGAGCAUAUUUAUUUAGGAGGUAAAUUACUUGGGGAAUAAGGUAAAUCUCACCACUUUGGUCACAUCUGCAGUACAAUCCUAUAUAUCCUGUGAUCUUUUGAUGAAGGGCAGUAUCUAUAUUUAAUAAAUCAUAAAUAAUAUAUAUAUAUAUAUAUAUAUAUAUAUAUAUAUAUAUAUAUAUAUAUGUCUGUUCAGAAAUAAGUUCCAUUGGGGCCUAUUGCCAAAUAACUUGAGUAUAGGAUUGAAUGGGCAGUUUCCAUUCAGUUUUUAUACAUCUGAGUUCUCAAAUGUACGUUUCCCAGCACAAUUCAAAGUGUUGGUGCUGAACUUUAAAGCCCUAAACGGCCUCGGCACAAUAAACCUGAAGAAGCAUCUCCACCUCCAUCGUUCUGCCCGGACACUGAGGUCCAGAUCCGAGGGCCUUUUGGUGGUUCCCUCACUGCGAGAAGCCAAGUUACAGGGAACCAGGCAGAGGAGGGCCUUCUCGGUAGUGGCCCUCCCACCAGAUGUCAAGGAAAUAAGCAACUGCCUGACUUUUAGAAUACAUCUGAAGACAGCCCUGUUUAGGGAAGUUUUUAAUGACUGAUUUUAUCGUGUUUUUAAUAUUCUGUUGGGAGCCGCCCAGAGUGGCUGGGGAAACCCAGCCAGAUUUGGGGGGGGGUGUUAUGUAAAUACUACUACUACUAUUAUUUCCAGAUUUUGAGUUUGUGAUAAAUUUUUGUUGCAGCUUUCUCUUUCAACCUGCAAGGUUGAGAGGUUGCGGUUUUCCACCAAGCAGAGCAGGCUUGCAAAUAAGCCACAUAAGUUACUAGCCUGCAGAUUUUCUCCCCAGCCUCCCCACACAGCCUCCAACCAACUGGCAGACUAAUUUUUAAAAAUGCCUUCUACCAAUUGGACUAUGGGAAGAAGAGCAGGGUGACCUGUCUCUCCCCACCCUACGUCAACCCACUCUGUGUCCAUCCUGGUUGUGGGGAGACUCCCCUUUCUCCCCAGCUAGCAUGGACACCGAGCGAGCUGGAGGAAAGAGGGAUGGAGCAAUCCAUCUUUCCUCCACCAGCCCAUACCGGUAUGAAAUUUGUAGUCACCUGUAGGAGCAGGUGGAUUGUUAAGUACAAGACCAAAGCAAAGUCAUUGGCAUGAAUAAUGCAUUUCCAAUACACAUGGCAUUUGAUUUGAGUUUAUCAUGUGGAUGGGACAUUGAAAAAUCUUUAGUCUGGAAUGGGAUCCUAUCAUCUCUAGCACCAGAGGUCUGCCUACGGAGACCGAAAUAAAAUGAGGUCAAUUUUUUAAUUAUUUGUUUAUGUCUGUAUGUCCCUUUUGUUCUUCCUUCCCCUGAAAGAUACAAAGCGGAAGGGAUUAUGCCUGCAAAACCAGAGGAUGUCUUUAAAUGUUUGAAACCAGAGACGGGUGGACUUCGAGAAAAAUGGGAUCCAAACGUGAAGGAGAUUGAAGUCGUUGAAGAGAUUAGCAAAGUAAGUAUAACACAGUUGGACUGUGGCAACUGGUAAAGUGCAGCUGCUACAUUUUGGCUCCAUCUGCGCUUAACAUUUAAAGUAGUCUCAUUUCACUUUUAAACAGUCCCCCAAAUCAUGGGAAAUGUAGUUUGUUAAGGGUGCUGAAAGGCGUUAGAGAACCUUAUUUCCUUCACUGAGCUACAUUUCCUAUAGUGGUUUAGCAAUCAAUCGCUCUUCCCAGGGAACUCUGGGAACUGCAGCUUCCGGAGGGGAAUCAGAGUCUCCUAACAACUCUUGGUGCCCUUAACAAACUACAACUCCCAGGAUUCUCUGGGGGAAGCUAUAACUGUUUAAAGGAGUAUGAUACUUCUUUAAAUGUAUGGUGCAGAUGAAGGCCGGGAUGGGGUACCUGCAGUAGAUCAACAAAUACGCCCCAAUAUUACAUCAUAACCCUGGUAUGUGCUUUGUAGGAUGUUUCCAUAGUCAGAACUAUAACACCGUCGGCUUUUAUGAAGAUCAUCUCUCCAAGGGAGUUCAUAGACGUCGUCCUGAUUAAGCGGGAUGAGGACGGAACCAUCACAUCUAAUGGUAAGAUGGCCAAUGCCUAAAUAUAUUGGCCCCCAGAGGCUGGUGCCCAUGUUAGUAUGAGUACUCAAUACCAGUGGCUGUGGGUAUGGACUGGCAGCAACCUGAGGCAACCAGGAAAUUCUCUUUCUGUGGUGCUUGACCUGUCAUGCGCCAUCACACACACACACACACACGCACACGCACACGCACACGCACACACACUCCCCAUAGCUGUCAACUGUCCCUUAUUUGGCGAGAAACUCCCUUAUCCCAGCGCCGUGUCCCGCUGCUGUCCCUUAUUGAUGAUGUCCCUUAAAUUUCCCGGGUUUCAAAGGAAGCAGCUCCUCUCCCUCCCUCCCUGCCGGCCAGGGAGGAGGGAGGCUCCAACUGUUGCUUGGCUGCAUUGCUCACCCAAUAAGGAGUCUAAGAACGACUGGGGGGUGGAGCUUGCAUGCCUUGUGCCGAUCAAAUUGGCCACGUUGCCUGGGGACUCGCCUUUGCUCAGCGCUUCCCAGCGGAGAAGUGACGGUGGUUUUCCUUGCUGCAUCCCCUUUGCCGGGUUGCUGCGCUGUGGGAACCAUCGCUUGAGGCUUCGUUUGGCUGGUGGCUGGGCUUUCUGCCUAUGGCUCAGAGGGGCUCAGAAGCUGAACAUACCUGUGCCCAGAAAAUCCCUUAUUUUGGCUGCUGAUCCCUUAUUUUCGAGGCUGCUGAUCCCUUAUUUUCGAGGCUGCUGGUCCCUUAUUUUCAAAUCUGUAAGUUGACAGCUAUGACACACACACCACUUCUUAGAUAUUGCUGCCAUCAAGCAAUGGUCUCACAUGUGUGAACUGAUGCUCUGAAAAGCCAGUAGCCAUUCAGUAACAGCACAGGUGAGAGACCCAACAGUCUCAUACGUAGCACAGAAUGCAACACCCUGAAAAUUUCAGUUUUGAUCCCCACCAAUAAAAAACCAAAAAAAUCCUAGAAGCUGGCAACUAAGCAAUUAACUGGCUAUUUCAAAUCAAUAACACACACAACCACACACACACACACACACACACACACCACACUGGCCUACCCCCUGCUGCAAACUUUGUGCUUCUUGCCACCUAGAAAGCUACCUUGCAUCAAAUGAGACCGUUGGUCCAUUCUAGGGUGUGUACUUUUCUACACUGACUGACAGUGGGAAAUUAUGGUCCUUGGGAUGCAUGUUAAGCAGAUGCUCUACCAAUGAGUGGACUUUCCCCUAAAAAUAAAGUAAGACUCUAGUCCUCAUGGAUAAAGAAACAUAAGAAGCUGCCUCAUUCUGAGCGAGAUAUUGCAUUAUAAUGUUGCACCUCACCCUGACCUUAAAAGUAUUCCACUCUGUUAGGUUUACAAGGGGUUGCUCGUGUGCAAGCAGGGCAAACCUCUCCCUGGCUGGCUGCUAAUGUAAACUUUAUCUGUCCGGAGAGCCACUCACCCGUGGCUGACUCAAUCGCUGGCAGAAUCCGUGAGUGGGCGUUUCUUAAACUUCUUCCAGCAAAGAAGCUCCUUGAUGCCGAGUCUCCGCCUUCCCUCUCUGCGCGAAAGCCUUCUGCGCAGAGAGGGCGUGGGCAGCGGAGGACCCCUUCCUUCCCCGCUUGUCCCAGGCAAGGAGUCGUGGGACCGCCUCGCCACAUCCGACUCCUGCACCCCCUCUCCACUGGAGCUGCGUUUAUUCUCUUCCCCAGAAGAGGAGCUGCUUCUCCCGAUCCCUGGAGGCUCUCUAUAAUCCCUCUGGCUUUUGCUCUCUCCCUCCGGCACUGAUGGCAGUUCCCUGACACACUCCUCUUGCUGUUUUAUUACAGUUGUACCUUGGAAGUCGAACGGAAUCCAUUUUGGAAGUCCGUUCAACUUCCAAAAUGUUUGAAAACCAAAUCGUGGCUUCUGCAGCCAAUCAGAGCUCCUGCAGCCAAUCAGAAGCCACAGACGCCCCAUCAGAUGUUCAGGUUCUGAAAGAACGUUUGCAAACCGGAACAAUCACUUCCGGGUUUGUGGCGUUUGGGAGCCAAAACGUUUGAGUUCCAGGGCGUUGGGGAUUCAAGGUACAACUGUAUUUCUACUAUUAUUAUAAAAUUGAAAAGGCUUUCUUUUCCCCAAAGCACUAAACGGACUUUAUCUUGUGCAUUAUUUUCAUAUCUCUUCCUUGCAGCAACCAAUGUGGAGCACCCGCUCUGCCAACUUCAACCAAGUUACGUGAGAGGCCUUAAUUAUCCCUGCGGCUGUUUCUGCAUCCCGGCCCCAGGGUAAGAUGGGUGGAAAUGUUGUAGUACCACAAGCAUGUACAGCGGUACCUUGGUUCUCAAACUUAAUCCGUUUGGGAAGUCUGUUCCAAAACCAAAGCAUUCCAAAACCAAGGCAUGCUUUCCCAUAGAAAGUAAUGCAAAGUGGAUUAAUCCGUUCCAGACUUUUAAAAACAACCCCUAAAAGGGUAAUUUAACAUGAAUUUUACUAUCUAACGAAACCAUUGAUCUACAAAAUGAAAGCAAUAAACAAUGUACUUCAGUCACACAAUCAAUCAAUCAAUCAGUAGCUGAACUGGGUUCCACACAGUCACAAAAACAAAACAAUAAAGCCACAAAAACGCUAAAUAAAUAGCAAAAACAGACAGACCUCAGUAUAACAGUCAAAACAGAAGUGUGGCACUCAAACUGGAAGCGUAACACUCAAAACAGAGCACGUUCGGCUUCCAAAAAAAGUUCACAAACCGGAACACUUCCGGGUUUGCAAUGUUUGGGUUCCAAGUUGUUUGAGAACCAAGGUACCACUGUAUAUAUAUGGUGCAUGUUGUUGGGUUCUUGCUUUCAUUGAGUGGGAGGAGUUGUUGCAAAGUUUAGGGAAAGUUUUGCCCACCAUCCAACUAGAUGCUAAAGCCUCUAAAGGCCGAUUUGAUACAAGGAGACUGAAUUUGCUGAGAGAUGCAGUCAGCUUACUGCAGGUAAAAUGGCUGAUUGCUCUGUGAGCAGCUUCUUCCUGGUUCAUUUUUGCAAAGGCUUCUGGGAGGUUGGGGCCUUUGUAGCCAGAGUAUCAUAAUGCCCUCUUAUUUCCAAUAUAUGCAGGCUUUGAGCACUGUUGCUGUAUGGGGCUAAAACAGCACACACAUUCCCAGAGUGGUUUAGCAAUCAAUCUCUCUUCCUAAGGAAUUCUGGGAAUUACAAGCAAUUCUCUGUACCCUCAACAGGCCACAAUCCCCAGGAUUCUCUGAGGGAAGCCAUUCCAGUUAAAAUGGUAUCACAAUUAAAAUGGUACCAUAAUUAAAUUUAUAAUGCAACAUGGGAGACAUUGCCACAUGUCCUGCUAUUCUGAUAAUGGCCACAUUAACAUCAUACAAAAGCACUGUGAUACCAAUUUAAACAGGCGUGGUUUCCCCCCAAAGCAUUCUGGGAGCUGUAGUUUUCAAAGGGUGCUGAGAGUUGUCAGGAGACUUCUGUUCCUCCCACAGAGCUACAUUUUCCAGAGUGAUUUAACAACCAAUCCCUCUUCACAGGGAACUCAGAGAAUUACAACUAUGUGAGAGGAAUAGGGGCCUCCUAACAACUCUGAGCACCUUUAACGAACUACAGCUCCCAGAAUUCUUUGGGGAAACUAUGACUUCAUGAAGUGGUAUCAUAGUGCUUCAAAUACAGUGGUGCCCCGCAAGACGAAUGCCUCGCAAGACGAAAGGGUUUUUCGGUUUUUGCGUUGCUUCGCUAGACGAAUUUCCCUAUGGGCUUGCUUCGCAAGAUGAAAACAUCUUGCGAGUUUGUUUGCUUUUUUCUUAAAGCCGCUUGAAGAGGCGCAGUUGUGACGGACCGUGCUUCGCAAGACGAAAAACAUCGCAAGACGAAAAGACUCGCGGAACGAAUUAAUUUCGUCUUGCGAGGCACCACUGUAUCGGAAACCUUGGGCCACAUGGGUGGGACUACAGGAAUCGGCUCUCCUGCAUCUUUGGCUAAAACUGGUGAUUUCUGCUGACUUAUUUGGGGCUUUUUGGUUUGUUUCUCUCCCUACAGAGAGCCAUGUAAGACGCAACUCCUCACUUUCUUUCAGACAGACCUAGCUGGCAACCUUCCUCAAACAGUUGUGGAGUCCUUCUUCCCAAGCAGCAUGACCGGUUUUUACAGCAAUCUGACCAAAGCAGUGUUGAAACUAGCGGCUUAAGCAAUUAAAAACAAACAAACCCCAAUUGCACAUGUGUGCGCACAGAAUUCUGUGAUUGCCCUCUGCAAGUAAUGUGGGGAUAUGGGAUUCAAAACUGUGGCAGCUUUGGGGCAUGAUUGAAACAAAGUUAAGCAAUUGCAAAUCCCAUUGGUUUUUAGUUGGGGAAGAUUUUUAACAGAUGCCUUGACAUCAUCAGGGCUUGCCUUACAGUACUUUGGUAUAACCCUGGGCUGGUGGGUAUUGAGAGUCCCAACAGCAUUUGGGGUGGCGUGGGGGGGGGGAGAGACCACAUUGGCUACCCCUGUCCUAGUUCUUUUGCCAUUCUAUAAUAAUUAGGAACGGUGGUUUUCCAGUACAGCGAGGGACCCCCUUUUGAUUCCAGUUUUUUUAAUCCUGGGCUGUCAUGAGUCCCAUUCCACUUUAAAACACCUCUGAAAUCCCUGAACAUUUUUUUUGUGUGUGUUCUGGAGCCGCUACCACCUCUGCAGUGAUGUCUUUGCUUGUCCAGAUGUCUAUACAGUGGUACCUCGGGUUACAGACACUUCAGUUUACAGACUCCGCUAACCCAGAAAUAGUACCUCGGGUUAAGAACUUUGCUUCAGGAUGAGAACAGAAAUCAUGCUCCGGCAGUGCGGCAGCAGCAGGAGGCUCCAUUAGCUAAAAUGGUACCUCAGAUUAAGAACAGUUUCAGGUUAAGAAUGGACCUCCGGAACGAAUUAAGUUCUUAACCCGAGAUACCACUGUAUAGACUCAAUGUUGUUCAUUCUAAUGAUGCGUUUCCAAUCCAAGCACCAAGGAGUCAGGUGCUGCUUGCAUGACAAGCAAAACAUGCUAGCAGGAAAAACCGUGGGUGGGGGUGGCUCUUGAAGGGAAACUAUCUGCACACUUCUGCCCUAGGGUGGGAAGCACGUAACUUGUGAUCGCCUGCCUAUAAAGUCAGCUGCAAUCCAGGUCGAUAAGAUCUGGGUAGCCUAGCAGCCUGAAGCAGAAUCCCAUGCGUGCUGCAAUGCACACAUGGAACGUGGGAAAAUAUCCCUGCUCUCGUUUGCUUGACCAAUGAAGGCAGUUCCACCCCAUUGAGCUGAACGGAGAAGACCUUCGUAUCCCUGUGCCUUCUUCCCUUCCUCCUUGUGUUUUGCGUUGUUGGGGUUUUUUAGAUUGUAAGCCUGCAGGAAGGAACUGCCUUGUUUUUCAUGGCUAUGUGUAAGCAACUCUGGGAACCUUUGUACAAAUGCUCUAAGUCAAUAAACACACACACACACACACACUUGGAUCUGGCGUUAGGUCUACAAGGCCUUACAGUUUGUGGGCAUCUUUAGCCAUGCCACGGUAAUCUUAGCACAAAUUCUCCUUGCUGUGGAUUUGCUCUUAUUCCCAUUUACCAAACAGCAUUCAGUUAACAGUGUCUGUGGUGGUGGUGAGAGCAUCACACAAAAACCCACCUCUGCUGAUAGAAAGCCAAUGUAUCAGGGAGAAAAGUUCAGGCUUAGCCUUCUCUCUAACAUGCUAGUCUUCUGUGUGCAGGGAUAUUUUUUUGAGAGAGAGGGAGAGAAAGAGAAGCAUUUAAGCAUGUGACCUCCUACCUGCACCAUUUCACAGCCCCACCAUGUGCGAUUUGGUUCUUCGCAUAGCUCAGGCAAUAAAACUCUUCUACCCUUUAUGUUUUUUAUGGACCAUAAGAUGGUUAAAGGUAAAGGGUAAAUGGACCCCUGACCAUUAGGGCCAGUCGUGGCCGACUCUGGGGUUGCGGCGCUCAUCUCGCUUUCCUGGCCGGGGGAGCCGGCAGACAGCUUCCGGGUCAUGUGGCCAGCAUGACUAAGCCGCUUCUGGCGAACCAGAGCAGCGCACGGAAACACCGUUUACCUUCCCACUGGAGUGGUACCUAUUUAUCUACUUGCACUUUGUUGUGCUUUCGAACUGCUAGGUUGGCAGGAGCAGGGACCGAGCAACAGGAGCUCACCCGUCGCGGGGAUUUGAACUGCCGACCUUCUGAUCGGCAAGCCCUAGGCUCUGUGGUUUAACCCACAGCGCCACCCGCAUCCCAUAAGAUGGUUAGUACCUUGUAAAUUAAUCAUAAUCAUAGUCAUAACAGAUGGUGCUUUUGAACUGUCGCUGGUGUGUUUGUGUUGCGGCUGGAAAGCCAUGGUACUUAGAGUGAUCAGGCAAGUUCAUUAAAGAGGGGUGGGUGGUAAUUACAAGUAAACUUACAGUGAUUACAACAGUGAUGAUUUAUUUGGGCAACAUAGAACAGAGUUGAAAGAUGUUGCUAAAUCAAGUGUCCCUGAGCCAGAUAUGCCCACAAUCCAUGCACGGCCCUUAAGUGAUGAGGCCAUGCGUUCCCGUCAGUGUUGCACCAUGCGCCCGCUUUCUACAUCUUGCAGCAAUAGAGGGUGGCUCGUGUCAAAACGUGCCACGUAGACUACACAUGUGGUUCCCAUCCAUAAUGGGGAUCCAUAUGUCCAGAACCACUUCCAUGAGCCACUCUUCCCUGCCAGAUGUGGGUGCAUGAGCAAUGUGCUUCAUCCACUCAUUAUGCAAUCAAGACAUGUUAAUUCAUCAGCGUCUGUUUCACCCCCAAGCUGAUUUACAGGUUUUGGCUCUUGAGUUGCUUGUUAACAAAGCCUCCUUUUAAUUAGUGUAACCCUCGCGGCAGCUGCUUUAUUAAUACUGGGACCACGAUCAACCAAGCUUUUGACAUACACCUCUUCUCAGUCCUGGCCAACUUUCUCUUCACUCGCAACGAACAUCUGGUGCUGGGCACCUGGGUCUUCUGUGGCUUUUGAGUGAUAAAUGAAAGCUUUUUUGGUCAUUGUUUAACAUGGGCAGCAGUUCAGGCUCUGUUCUUUCCUUUUUUAAAAUCGCUGUCACUCCUCUCCAUGGAGAGAUGCCGUAGUUUUGCUGAUGGAGUUUUUUCUCUUGAUGACAGCAUUAAUCGGUCCAUCGGGCAACGUCUUGAUGAUGUUCCAGGCUUCGAAACGAGUGAGUCCUUGCAUCAGAGUUGUGUGCACCUGUAACAACUCGUCCCCAGGCUGAACUGUGGGGCUGUGUUCCAAUGCCGCCCCUAAAAGAAGCAAAAGGAGUACAAUAGACGGCUUAUGAGAAUAUGGUAUAUGGGAAACAGUACAAACACAUGGAGAACCAAGCCACCUCUUCCAAUGAAGCCUUUGGCACAACCAGUAGUUCCCAUUCCUAACUGCAGGGAUUGCCAACAUAGUGACCUAUACGUCUCAUUGUACCACAAUUCCCAUUGUGCUUGAGACCAUUGGGCCAGAGGCAAAAAUACACAUAAGAGACAUUCUGCAAAUGUUACCAGUGUAAAGGUGUGGCGUUUGCCCUCCUAGGUGUGUGACAUCAUACUGGGUUCAUAAAGAAAGGGUUAACUUAUUGUAAAAUGACUAACCAAUGGGAACCCCAGCGGGCAGAGUUAACAGUGUAUAAGGUUUAAGCACAGAGGGUUUUUGGAGGAGUUAGAGUUAGGGCGGUUGAGAAGAUGGUCUGGAGUUAGAAGAAACAGAGAGGAUAAGUCUGUGGAUUGGGCUAGUCUGGUGUGACAGAAGGAGAGAAUUUGUUAAGAGGAGUCAGUCAAACAGUUGAGAUAAUCAGUCAGAAGGUAUUAGGAAGGUAUAGGCCGGUAAAGAAACUAAAGUUAAGAUACUGACAGGAAUAUUAUCUGAGAAACCAUAAACUUGUUAAUGUUUGUAAAAUAAACUUGUUUUUUGGUUCACUUUUAACAACUGACUGGACUCAGUGUUUUACCAGAGAGUAACUGGUUGGUGACA